GAGACAAUUCUUAAAAAUAUGCGAGAGUUACUUACCCUGAUUUGAUGCGUCAAAUUUAUACAUUCAAUUUUCAUUGCAAUUUUAGUCCUUACUGCUGUUAAAAUUUUAGAAUCAUUUACUUAAUUCAAUAAUCCAUUAAUAACACUAUCGACCGCCCUCACAUGUAUAACAGUAUUAUUUCGUUCUUUAAUAACAAAAAUAGUGAAAUGAAAGCUUUUAAAAUUCAGGAUUUAAAACGAGAAACACGAAUCGGUAUCACAGCAAAUAAUUUGUCAGAAAUUUUGCAGAAAGGGAAACAAAAAUUAAAGGUUGGUUAAAGAUGGGCUUAGGGUGGCACUUAUUACAGGGCAGCUUUAUUGCCUACUUGAUAUACAUUACUAUUUUUUAAAUGUAUUCAUCAUCAUGUCCCUUAGUCCUUGGACCGUUCGGGUGUCACAGAAUCUGUGACAGAUGACAUGUGAACCAUCCUCCUCCAUUAACUCCAUUCAUCUCUGUCUUCUACACUACGCCCAGUGUUAGUCCUGUCCACUCUUUGAUGUUAAGCUCACAUCUUUUUCUUUGUCUUCCUCUUCUUCUCCCUCCUCUUGUGGUGCCCUGCAAUAUUUAUUUGGCAAGCCCUUGUUUCCUUGUUACGUGGCCAUACCAUUGUAAUUGUAGUUUGCGUUUUUUCACAGUCACCAGUAGGUCAUCGUACUCUCCAAUUGCCUGACUUUCUUUCACUGUAUCAUUGGAGAUAUGGUCCCUAUAGCAGAUGCCAAAAAUGUAUUACUAUUACCUAUUUUAUAUAUAUAGGGUUCAGGUUAGGCAUAGGGAUCAAUUUAGGGCAUUAGUCGUGGCCAUCGAUAAAAUAGUGGCAUUCGUUCUUUACAUUUACCAGACACACACACACAUAUAUAUUAUAUAAUACUAAACUAACAAGUGUGUCAGUAGGCAGGGUAAUCCUCAGAACCACUUUCCCAAAUUUCAUUAAAUAAUUAAAUAUACUUUUCAUUAGCAAGUGCCUGAAAAGCUGCAGAUAAUUGGUGAUAUAAUUGUUUACGGCCAAUGGACCUUUUAAUUUUAUGCAUGUUUUGAAACUCACGAUCUUCAUCAUCAUCUCCGGAAAAAAGAAAAAGAAAGAAAAAUGCAAGAGACCAAAAGAGAAACCAAAGUUAUCUAAGUUUGUACUUGCUGGCUAUGGUAUUGUUUAUUUUAUUUUACUACAAGUAAUAAUUAGUCUGCAAACAAAAUUAGAAGUAAACAAUUACAUCACCAAUUACUGGUAGCUAUUAGCUGGUAGCCAGGCACUUUCUAACAAAAAAGUAUUCUAUUUGACAUUUGGGACCACCAUUCUGAGGAUUACCUGGCAUUUGUUUCCAUUUGGAAUAGUAAUAAUACUAUUAAUAAUUAACUCUAUUACGAGGUUAAUGAAACAUGAGCCACCCUAUUUGUCACAAACUCUAGCUACUCCAAUGAGUUCAUUCAUAGUUACAUAGGGAUAUGUCUAUUGUAGGUAGUUAGAAGUCUAACCUCCAAACAUAAUAACAUAAUAAGUCUAAAACUAAAAGAAUGCUUAUAUUAUAUUAAACCAAGCUGUUAUAAAACAAGUUUUAUUAGAGUUAGCAUCAAAAUAGGGUAAGCCAAAGUAGUGAGUAGGCCUAAUCAAAUCUAUUUUCAAAACAGCAUUUUAUGACUCAAGAUCACAUUUGUAAUGCAGGCUCAUUGUUGCAGAGCUGAAGUAAAAAUUAAAUUACAAUAGCUUAACUUUAUUUUCUUAAUAGUCUUGUUAAGUCAUUAUCAUCAUGAUAUCAUAAAUGUAUUAUUUAUUUAAAACAAACUGUCAUUAAAUACAGUUUAAAAAAAUUUAAUUUAGCAUUACUAGAUAUGGUUGUUUCUUUAUUUUAUAAUCUGAAUUCAAUCAGUAAAAUCUUUUUUAUGCUUUACUGAGUUAGUUUGACUUUUAUUUUUUUGCUUUAUAAUACAUAUUCCAAGAUUUCUAAUGAUGUCCAAGUGACGGUAGUUCUUGAAAAAGAUGGAACAGAAGUGACUUCUAAUGACUACCUUAAAACCCUUGAUCCCCAAACUGUUUUAGUAUUUUUGAAACCAGGAGAAUCCUGGAUGGAAGGUUUGUAAGCAAUACUAAUAAAGCCAGUCUGAUUGGAAGAUACAGUUUAAAUGUUGCUUAAUUUUAUUUUUUUUAAUUAAACUGAUUUAAAUAUGUAACAUGUAGUAUUCAAAGAUACAUUUGUUGCACGUAUGUUUGGAAAAUAAGUCAGAAGAAAAGUUCAGAGCUUUACUUACACAAGAAGGCUUAUAUGACCUUUAUACUAAUCUUUGAGAUUUCUGGCUUACACCUGACAAUACAAUCAUUUUUUUUUUAAAACAUGUCGUAAUUUUUUUGCUGCAUCAGUAUUUCUUGUUAAUGUGACACUUGAAAUUUGCAUGUUUAGUUGGUGUGGGAAUUUCCCAUCUUAGACUUUGCUUAGACAGAAGAAACAAUGGAUGAAUGCUUCUAAUAAUGCUCAGACUGGCACAUAUCUUUUUCAUCUUUUCAUUCAUUUAAAUAAAUAGCACUGUCUUCUGCUUUUUCUGAUUAAUUUUUCUUUUAAAGUUUUAUAGCUUUAAAAAGUAAUGACAACUUGUUUUUCAAACAGAUAUUCACAGUGUGGUGAAAUGACUUCUAUUGGUAGGUGUAGGUGGAUAAAUCUUGAGUUUAUCCCUGCUCAUGUCUAGGAGAUUUAUGUCUGAUUCAAUUCACACACCAAGGGACAUAUUAUGAUUAUUCACUUAUGCAUAUAUAUCACAGGAAUCCAUUACAAAAUUUCAUGAAAUGAAUAACUUAUUUGUUUAGAUAGGCUCUACAACACUUCAUGGAAGAACAGUCUAUAAAAUAGCUUAGAUCUACCUUUGCAUUUAAUUUAUAUCUAGGUUCUAUGGACAUGGGUCUACCGUAAUCCCAAACAUUCAACAUAAUUGUCGACUGCAUUGUAACAAAAUUUUAUAUGAUCAGACCAUUUAAAACUUAACUUAUCAAUAUAACAUGAUUGAUGAUCUUGCUUGAUCGAUCAAUGUAAUGAGGUCAUUUCAAUGUUGAAAGUGGUUUUAUGGUAAAACACAAGAUCAUACUUAUUCAUUCGUAUGGGACUGAUCAUACAUUGACAUGAUUAAAACAAACUUUGAAUACAGGUAGUAAAUUGUAUAAUAAAAAAAAGGUUUGAAAUCAAAGGCUUCAUCAACUCACUAGGCUAGAUAUACCGGUUUCAUUCUCACGAAGUAACGAGGUGGUCACUAUGACAUGAAGAUCUAGAAAGUCUGUUCUUAAUUCUACCAUAGUAUAUAUAUAUAAUUAAGGUUAUAUGAUUUGUCAUUGGCUGAUUUCAGUCAUUUGUUGAACAAGACCAAUGAAGUAAAUCUUUAGAAACAUGACCAAUAUUUUCCAGGAGUUAUUUCACUCAUGGCAUAGGGCUGGGGUUUUUUUACUGCGCAUUUCAUGACAUGUUUCAACGCUCCCAUGAUAACAUGGGGAAUAACUCAUACUAAACAAUAUAAAAGGGGAGGGUGGUGACCUCAAUAAUUCACUAGAUUUCAUCACACACUGUCGAAAAUAAACCUUAGUUCUCAUCUCCCACAUAAGAAUCAGGUAUAAGUAACAGAUAUGUGAAUUACAAAACUUAUUUAAUGAGAAUUAAAAUAAAAUUAUGUGUAAUUUCUCAUCACAGCUGGGGAACAAGUCUAUCAUUCCCUUAACAAACUUUAUAACAGAACAAAACAAACAGACGUUGUCAAGAAGUUACGUGAGCUAAUGUCUGAUGAAAAGUCUCCAGAAAAAAUAAGCAUUAUAUCGCACUAUCUUGAUCAGCUGCAAACUGACCCUGUUUCAGAAGAGCGACAUGAACAUGAGGACUGGUUUGAAGGUAUGUUCCAACAUUGGUAUGUGUACCAUACAAUUGUUAGAGUUAAAUUUCAUCACAAUUUCAUGCCUCUGAUUUUUAAAACAGUUUACAGUAUAUUGUUAGUUUGCCAAAUUUUAAAAUAUAUAUUCUCCCUAUACAGUUUUUUUGAAAGAAAUGUGUAUGUCACUACAUUGAUGAAAUUGUAAUUUAAUUUAAGGACACUUUUGGUGGUCUAAAAGAUUAUAGUUAUGUUCAAUCUUUUAUUUCAAUAACUUUUUCUUUAAAAAAAACAGGUGUGGACAAAAAAUUUAACAAAAAAUCUGACUUCAUGAGAAAUGCUGCCCAGCAGAGGAUAAGGAGCUAUUACACAAGUGUAAGGAAUAUUUCAAAAAUAUCUCUUUUCAUAUAUUUUAUCUGAUAAGAUUUAUUUUUGCCUGCGUCUGUGUGCUAAUAUUUACAUUUUAAGUCUUUGGUAUAUAUAUUUCUUAUAUUAUAAGAAUCCUGAUUGUUGCUUCUGGGAAUUUUAUGUUGCGCGCUUAUACACAGAAUUACAGCUACAACACAUACAUACCUAGAGAAUUAUUAUUUGUGAUACUGUGGUGGAGUUAUCUAUUAACAAGAAUUUCUUUAUUUCCUUUUUUUUUUAUUGCCAGGCUAAAGAUCAAAUCAAAAAAGAAAAUGAUCCCUGUGUUAAAGCUUGUUUGGAUGAAGUAAUGAAUAAACUAAAUGAAGAGUUGAAGAGAAAUAAAUUUCAUGGUGACUAUUUUGAUCGCACUGCAUCAAAGAAUAAAAUUUGUGACAAGAAGGGUUGGUUUACAUGUGAAGGUGCAUUUGACGAAGGGUCUUGUUCAAGUUUCCACAAAAUCAACCCUUACGCUUCCAGGGGAUUCAGACACAUGUUUGGAUUGUGGAAUCUUGAUCACAUGUGAGUUUUUAAGAAACCCUGUACAGAGCAGUCAAUCUGCAUCAGUUAUUAAUUUACAUCAAUUAAAUUGUAAGCAUUUAAUUUUAAUUGAAGGCUUUACAUAUUUAUACUAUAUUCAUCACUUAUUUUCUGCAGUGUUGAAAAGUCUCGAGAAGUAAUACCCAAACUGAUAAAAGCUGCCCAGAAUAAACGCAAAGCUGAGGAUAUAAAUUUUGAUGAGGUGUACAAGUACUUGUUUAAGCGUGACAACUUGAGGUUAGUGUAUAUUGGGUGUCAUAAAAAAGCUGCAAGGGAACAAACUAUUAGUUUUGAUCAAUUCUAUGUCAGUCGACAAGAAACUUUAUUAAAUGACAUUCCAGUUAUUUAGUAUAUAAUAAAUAUAAGAAUAAUGAAUUCAGACAGAUUCUUAGCAGUUUAGGUUUUAUACAUUAAUUUUUAAAGAACAUAAUGUUUAUAAUUUACUAAAGAGUUUACAAUUCUAUACAGCUGUACUAAAAAUUAUUUUAAAUUAAAAUAUCUAACUCUAAUGCAUAAAUUUUUUACACUUUAAUCAAAUAUAUAUACUUGUAUUUUUACAAAUUCAAUUGUAUCUUCAUGGUUAUUAAAAAAUAUGUAUAUUGGAAAUAUGUAUUGUAUUUAAUUGAAGUAGUAAAAUGCUUACUUUUUACUUAAUAAAUAAUGAUUGAUGUGUAACUUCUUCAACCUCAUAGUCAUAGACAUACAAGAUUGCAUAAUAAGUUAAUAUUAUAGCUUGUAAAUUCUGAUUAGUGCAAGAACAUUCACUAGAAUAUUAAAGGGACAUUAUCACUAGGACUAAAUGUGAGGAAAUGAAAUUGAUAUUCAUGUUUUUAACAAUUGACUUAUAAUUUAAUGGUGGGGGUGGUGUGUGGGUGUGUUUGCUGUUGAUGUGAACAAGUAAUAAAUUUAAGCCUAUGCCUAAUGCAGAUAAUCCCAGCCCUAUUUAGGAUCUCUUUCCUAAAGGUUUGUUUUAAUUUGCUUUAUUUCACAAGGCCAGGUUAAACAAAUGACAUUUAUUGUAAGUGUUACUCAUUAAUUAAGGUUAUGCAUUUUUAAAACAUUGUUUUAUAAGGGUGACAUUUUUUUUAAAAUUUAUUAGCAUCGUGCCAUAAUUUGUUUGCAACUAUCAUUUUGUCUCUCAAUUUGCUCAUCUAGGUAAAGAUGGGUUUCAUGUAUAUAUACACAUCAUUUUAGUGUUCCAUUAAUUUCAUGAAGAAAUAUGUAAUGUAAUAAAUCCAUAACAAUUUUACAGCUGUGCCUGCUCAAUUACAAAUGACAAACAUGUGUCAACAAUGAAUUUUUCUCUUUGCAAUUUUCUGUUAGCCUUCCAUUUACCUUUAAAGUGUCUUUUUUUAAACCAAUUGAAUGGUUUCUUUUAUAAAUUUAGUGAGGAAAAUGUUUGUUUUAAAUUAGUGAUGUUGUUAAAUGUGCCUUUUAAAUGUAACUGUUUUGUAAAUACAAGUAAAAUAAUGGUCAUAGUGUGAUUAUUGGCCUGCUCACUGUAACCGUAAUAAUGUUGAAAUUAUGGAGUUUAGGUGGGUUUUUUUUUCUUUUAUAGGUGUAAUGAUACACAAAUUUUGCUGUUACUUGCUUAAAUUGAUCAUUUUAAAGAUUUCAUGGAUUUCAUAGGUAAUAAACGUUUGGCUGUUUAAAGUUAAAUUGAAUCCAGAGUUUAUAUAAGUGCAAAGCUUGUUUAGAAACUGUUUGAUAGCUUAUGAUUGGAAUGGAGUAGUAACUUAAAUUCUUUGAUUACAAUGUCAUAAUGUUUCACCUUCUAAUUGAAAUUAACCC